AUGUCUGGUCCAUCUGUCAAGACCUGUCCCCACAAAGCUGUCCAUGGUUUUCCCAGUUGGACACUCUCCCUGCACCCUUUCCUACGACAGCAAUUGUACGGAGUGUGUGUGCAUAAGGCUAAGAGCGGCCUAGGGGACCUCUUGGAACAGGUGCUUUACUUGGCCUGGCUGUGGACCCUCCUCGCCUCAGCUUCCUUGCAGCCGCCAACUCCCACAGUCCUUGUGAAGCAGGACACCUGUGGGGUAAUCACCACUGAUCGCUGCUGCAACCAGAACCAGGUUGGGGAGCACUCCCAGACUGUCAAAUGCUCCUGCUUUUCUGGCCAGGUGGCUGGCACCACGCAGGCAAAGCUGUCCUGCGUUGAUUGUGAGCAUGAUCUUAUCGUCCUGCAGAAGUGGUGGUGUCACAUGGAGCCCUGCCUGCCAGGGGAGGACUGUAAGAUGCUCCCAGAUCUGUCAGGAUGGAGCUGCAGCAAUGGACACAGAGUAAAAACCACCAAGGUUUGGGAUUUCUUGGAGGCUGUGCCUGUGUCCCCUUUAAUCCUUUCCAGUGCCACUGGUGAGACCUAACCACCAAGGAGAUGAAGACAUAAAGACUAAGAGGCCAAGAAAAAGACUUGAAGAAGAAGAAUGCUUAAUAUGUUCUCACACCCCAGAUCAGCUCAGUUCAUAUUUUCUAAGUUCAUGGAACUCCUACUUUUAAGCACCAGGAAAGUGGGAUGCCUGGGUGGCUCAGUUGGUUAAGCAUCUGCCUUUGGCUCAGGUCAUGAUCCCAGGGUCCUGGGAUGGGUCCUGGUGUCAUCAAACUCCCUGCUCAGUGGGGAGUCUGCC